AUGAAAGACUUUAGUUCCUGCUCCGGUGAAAAUGGGGUCCAGGUUGCAGAUCCUUCCUCCUCGAACGCUGUAAAAGUUUCACAGAAUCUUGUCAUCUGUAUCUACCGUUGCUGCAUCAGAGGUAGGACUUGUUUGAUCACAGUCACAUGGACUAAGAAUCUGAUGGGUCAGUGUGUGACCGUGGGAGUCGAUGAUUCUUGCAACAGAAGUCUCUGUAAAGUCGAGAUCAAGCCCUGGCUCUUCACUAAACGAAAAGGCUCCAAGAACCUAGAAGCGUAUUCUUGUAACAUAGAUGUCUAUUGGGAUCUCUCGUCUGCUAAAUUCGGAUCCAGCCCUGAACCUUUAGGUGGGUUCUACGUAGGUGUUGUUGUGGAUAAAGAGAUGGUCCUUCUUCUUGGUGAUAUGAAGAAGGAAGCUUUCAAAAAGACUACUGCACCGUCUCGUUAUGUCUUCGAGAAUUUCUCUCCCGCCAGAUACUAUGUAAUAGCACUUGAAAUGUAUAUCGAAUUAGGAAGAGCUCUGUGGGUUUGA